AAACGGCCGAAGACAAAUGCGAGCACAGCCGCGGUGGCACCAGCAACGGCAGCAGCUGUGUGUGGAGUUGGGCCCACAUCAACAUUAUUCUCCAACACCACACCAAUUGACGAGCCUCCGAUCACGACAGUGAAUAUCGCGGCUCAGGCAAAACAGCCUCCACGUGAUACAAAGGUUGCUGCUUCCGAUGUUUGGUAUUUCAUGUGGGCAGUGGAUUCCCCAAAAAAACCAGACAAAAUGCCAGAGAAUCAGCCCCGGUUGAAGAACAAGCCCGACUCACCAUAUGUUGCCUGUAGACUC